AUGUCCGACAUCAAAGGCGAACCCGACUGGAUGCGCCAGUACCGGCUUGAUGCUUAUAAAAUUUUCAAGCAGAAGCCGAUGACCCGAUGGGGGGGCGACCUUUCCCAACUCGAUUUUGACGACAUCUACUAUUACGUCAAAGCCUCCGAGCGGAGUGAGCAGAGUUGGGACGAUGUACCGGACGACAUCAAGAAAACCUUUGAUCGGCUUGGUAUCCCGGAAGCCGAACGGAAAUUCCUCGCAGGUGUCGGUGCACAGUACGACUCAGAAGUCGUUUACCAUAACAUCGUCGAAGAAUUGGAAAAAAUCGGUGUUAUUUUCCUCGAUACCGAUACCGCUAUCAAAAAGCACCCCGACUUGGUGAAGAAAUACUUCGGCACUAUUAUCCCAUCUGCGGAUAAUCAGUUCGCGGCACUCAACAGCGCGGCCUGGAGCGGCGGAAGUUUCGUCUAUGUCCCACCCGGCGUAAAGGUAGAAUACCCAUUGCAAGCCUAUUUCCGAAUCAACAGCGAAAACAUGGGUCAAUUUGAGCGUACGCUCAUCAUCGCCGAUGAAGGUUCACAGGUACAUUACGUUGAGGGUUGCACCGCACCGACGUUUAGUAGCCAAUCCUUACACAGCGCGGUCGUCGAGAUUGUUUGCAUGAAAGGUUCGCGGGUACGCUACACGACGAUUCAGAACUGGGCAAACAAUGUAUAUAAUCUCGUCACGAAACGAGCAUUUGCAUACGAAGACGCGCAGAUGGAGUGGGUCGAUGGCAACCUCGGUAGCAAGUUGACGAUGAAAUAUCCGAGCGUCUAUAUGAUGGAGCCCGGUGCGCGCGGCGACAUUCUCUCAAUUGCAUUUGCAAGCAAGGGACAACACCAAGACGCAGGGGCAAAAGUCUAUCAUUGCGCGCCACACACAACUUCGCAGAUAACCUCGAAGAGCAUCAGUAAGGAUGGCGGUAGAUCCAGUUAUCGCGGGUGGGUCAAUGUCGCGAAAGGCGCGAAGGGAUGCAAAUCACACGUCGUCUGCGACGCGCUGAUUCUCGAUAAAGACUCCCGUUCAGACACCUAUCCGGUUAUUGAGAUCGGUGAGAACGAUACGAACAUUGAGCAUGAGGCGCGUGUCAGCAAAAUCGGGGAAGAGCAACUGUUCUACCUGAUGAGUCGUGGGCUUUCCGAAGAAGAAGCUUCCACAAUGAUUGUCAAUGGGUUUAUCGAACCUCUCGUUAAGGAACUUCCGAUGGAAUACGCUGUCGAGAUGAACCGCCUCAUCCAACUUCAGAUGGAAGGUUCAGUCGGUUAA